GUACACUCAUCUGUGAGCGAGUUGUGACGGUGAUCAUCGAUAACGGAUAAAGACGACAUAUCUCAGUUGCUUUAUUGCAAGGAAUUAUCCUCUUUUGAAUGUCAGUUUAUUAACAACGCUAUUUACGAAUAUGGCGAAAUUAUUACUCUUUGUAAUUAGUGCAGUUUUAAUUGCCGUACAAGCCGAAGUAUUUCCCCCCCAACCGCCUCCACCCCCACAGAAUUCAACUAGUACUUCAACUACUAGUACUACACAGGCACCAAUAACAACCUCUACGAAACCGACAUCUACUACAAAAACAACACCAGCUCCUGUUCCACCAAAACCGACACCUUCCCCAACACCGAAACCGACACCUUCUCCAACACCAAAACCGGAGCCCGCUCCCGAACCACCGAAACCGAGUGAUCCACAGCAAGGCACCUGGCACUAUACAGAAACAACAUCAACAUCAAACGUGACAUGCAUCAAAAUCCAAUUUGCUUUACAAAUUGUGGUCCCGUACUUUCACAAAUCAAGAAAUAAGACUUACAAUGCCACCGUAAACGUACCGACAAACGCGGUGGUUGCAGAUGCAGCUUGCGGAAACGAAACGGAACAUUUAAAACUACAGUGGAUGAACAAAGAUAACGCGACGGAUACUGUUCUAUUCAAAUUUGCUAACAAUGCAACGGCUAAGGAGUAUGAACUUCAAUCAAUCGAAAUAAAUCUGUACCCCGAUGAUGAUGCGUUUCCGGGAAUUGAAAAUAAGAACGUAAUUAGGUUGAAUCAUGACCAUUCGGAAUUUGUUACUGGCGAAUCCAACUCGUACAAAUGUGAAAAAGAACAGAAAUUAAAUUUGACGGAUGCCGGUAAAGAAACAGGUUUUGCAGGCAUCAGUCAUUUACAGGUGCAAGCGUUUGGUACUACAAACAGCGAUGCUUUCAAAAGUGCUAUCGACUGCGAUGCUUCCAGUACACCCGAUGUCGUACCAAUCGCGGUAGGGUGUGCACUAGCAAUACUCGUUAUUGUUGUUCUAGUGGCAUACUUAAUUGGAAGAAAACGAAGACAGGCAAGAGGUUAUCUUUCAAUGUGAGUUUAAAAAUGUCACUCAUUUAGUGAUGUUCUUGACAUUGUGCAACCAUUUUUACGCAUUCACAGCUAAGUUAUGUUUCUGUUGUCAUUCUUUGUAAAACUGGUUGUUAGUGAUUUUUUUAAUGCUUUUUUUAUCUUUGUUUCCAAAUUUUUUCUGUUAGUUGUACUUUCGCUUGGUGUCCAUCAAGAUAUUUUUCUUUUCAUUAAAAUUUAGGCAACCUAGUAACGUUUGAGUAGUUCAUUAUUACUUUUUCUUAUUAUUAUAUAAAUAUAUAUAUCUGUAAAAAAUUAGUUUCUUUUAUCCAGCCUUAAAGCGUGUAAAAAUACAUUUAUAACGUAGGUUAAGCUUUCAUCGAAAAUUUUUGUUUCUUAUUUCAAAUUGCAGACAUUUUUAGACACUCUAAAAUGCCUGGUUUGUUGCGAAAUAAGGUACCUUUGUAUUUUUAAAUCGAUUGAAAAGUAUCAGGCUGUGAUGGGUUUUGUCUUGAAAUGUAACCACUUUGUAUAGACUGUAACAUUUAAUACAAAUAAAUAUUUGUGGGGUCAA